AUGUUGCUUCAGUAUGAAGACCAAGCUGGGUUUGAUACUGCUUAUCUCGUCAACCUCUGUGCUGAAUUUAAAGAUGCACUCAAGUUUGGCAGUUUUGUGGAAAAACUCACAAGGGUUGCUGAAUAUCAUCAGGUACAGCUUCCUGAUUGCGACUUAUCGCCAAAUACCACUUCUGACUUUGAGGAUGAAGAUGAUAUGAAUGAAUCCGAUAUCCGUGAAAACACCUUGAAUCAACAUCAGAUUUCCGAAUCGGGAUCCGAGAAAGAGAUGGAUCGCCCACUGAUCAAGUUUACCGAAGGACGUGCUUUAUGGUACAGAUUCGCUCAAAGCUACUUUGAAGUGUAUCAUCCCGAAACUGGAACGACCUGGCAUUUUCUUCAUGCUGACAUUCGCCAACGUGAAUAUAAGUUCAACCCGCGAGGUCGACCCGCUAGAGCUGGUCGCGCUCGAUUCCUUCUUUACAACGUUACCCUUCAGGCUAGAAAGACUGCGGUUCGUGCCGGACGUGCUGCUCAAUAUGUGGACGUAGGACCUUGUGAUGUGGAAUUCGAUGUGAUCAGCACCACUCUCUCCGCCACCACCCUUUUGAACCAAUUUGGGGCACACCGUUACACUGCAAUUCUG